CUCUAUACAUGCUAUAGGCCAAAAUGAGUUCGAUGUUCCGCGCGCGGUGGGGGUUGACAUAGGAUUGGCCUACAUAAAAAUAAACUGAUAGAUUCAAGAUUUGCAAACACAUUGAUGAAAAUACUAACAAAAUAAUGGCGGAAAUAUAUGAAAUCAGGAAAAUGCGAUGCGGCUUAGCUACGAAUCAACAUUUUGCACAGCAACGAUCGAAUGCAAGGACUGCCAUCAGCUGCUACUUUUCCUGUUCACGAUCAAGAUCAGGACUAAAUAACAACAAGAUUAACGAAAAAUUUGUAAUACAGUGUCAAAUAGACUGAUGAUAACGCUGUAAAAUUCAGAUUGAACCAUCAUACAUCAUGACAGACGAAAAGAAACGUGAUGAAAGUGCGGGGAAGGAGAAAACGGCCAUUGAAGACACGGCCUUUGAGGCCCUGGAGAAGGAUUUCCAGGAGGUUCUUAAUGAGCUUAUGGGUGACAAGAGUCUGGAGAAGUUCAGGUCAGAGUACGAGAAGCUCCACCGUGCCUUGAAGAAAUCCCAUGAAAGCGAGAAGCGGCUGAUGCAGAAAUGCAGGGAGCUGAACGCAGAGAUUGUGGCCAACUCGGCCAAGGUCUCAACCGCCCUGAAACUAUCACAGGAAGACCAGACGACUAUUGCACAGUUGAAGAAGGAGAUUGAGAAGGCAUGGAAGAUGGUGGAUGCAUCUCAGGAGAAAGAACAAAGAGCUAGGGAGACCAUCCAAUCUCUCAAGCUUGAGAUCACCAACCUGAGCCGUCUGGUCGAACAGGGAGCUGGGCUUACUAUGGGUCAAGAACACAGUGUGAACGAGCUGUUAAAGGUUAAAGAAGACUUGACCAAGGAGAGAGAUGAGCAGCUUACUGAGAUUGUCAAGCUCCGAGACUCCUUGGCUGAAGCCAGCAAGAAACAGACCAAGGCUGAGGAAGAUAGGACUGAAGCAGAUAGCAAGAUUGCUGAGCUGAACCAAGACAUUCAGGUCCGUAGCAACGAGGCGCAGAGAGAGCAGCGUCGCAAGGAGAAGCUAGACCGUGAACUCAAACAAUCCAAGGUGGAGCUUGAACAGAAGACUAAUGAGAUUAAAGGGAUGCAGACUCAAGCACAACGCUACAAGGAUGACAUCUCACGUCUAGAGACGCAGCUCAAAGAACAGAAGAUCUUGUAUGAGCGCACCCAGAAGGACACAGACAUCUUGAAUGCACGAUUCACCAAGCUUCAGCAAGAUUACGAAACACAGCUUCUCAACUGUGAUGGCCUGGCUCAAGAAAACCAACACAGGGUCAACGAACUUAAGGCCAAGGAAGAUGAGAUAGGGAAUCUGAAGGGUGACACCACCCGUCUGACCAAGAUGAGAGAGACCAUUCAGCGGAAGCUGCGUAAUGUGGAGGAGCAGAAGGCAGAGACAGAGCAAGCCAAAGAAACCCUCAAGUCUCAGAUUGUUGCACUUGAGAGAGAGAUUGAUUCUAACAAGAAGCAGACUGAGAUGGACCGUAAGGCCAUUGAUGACUUGGUGCGUGAGAGAGACAUCCUUAACAAGAACUUGCUAAAGGCUGCCAGUGCCACCCAGAAGCAGCUGAAUCUUGUCAAACUGCAUGAGCAAUCCAAGAAAAACCUGGAGCAGGAGAUUGCCAACUACAAGGAAGAAGCACAGAAGCAGCGUAAGAUCAUCUACCAGCUGGAGAAGGAGCGCGAUCGCUACAUCAACGAGGCCAGUGACCUCACUCAAAAGGUUCUUCAACACAUGGAGGAUGUGAAGGUGAGAGAGAUGCAGAUCUUUGACUACAAGAAGAAAAUUGCUGAAGCAGAGACCAAGCUGAAGCAGCAACAGAACCUCUACGAGGCUGUCAGGAGCGAUCGUAACCUCUACAGCAAGAACCUCAUCGAGUCGCAGGAUGAGAUCACUGAGAUGAAGAGGAAACUGAAGAUUAUGAAUCAUCAGAUAGACCAACUGAAGGAAGAGAUCACAGCCAAGGAAGCUGCCCUUGUCAAGGAACAUCUUGAUCAUCAAAGGGUUGAGAAGGAGAAGGAAGCGCUGAAAGCAGAAUUACAGCGUAUGAAGCAGCAGGCUGCAGAGAGCAAGGCUUACAUUGAAGCCCAGGAAGCAGAAGAAAGGAAGCUCCUGAAGAUCAUCUCUGAGGCGGAUGCUGAGAGACUCAGACAGAAGAAAGAAUUGGAUCAGGUUAUCAGCGAGCGUGACAUCCUUGGUACCCAGUUAGUGCGACGUAACGACGAGCUGGCCCUGCUUUAUGAAAAGAUCAAGAUCCAGCACUCCACACUCGGCAAGGGAGAGCUCCAGUACCGUCAGCGUCUGGAGGACAUCAGACUCCUCAAGCUGGAGAUCAAGAAGCUCCGCAGGGAGAAGAACAUCCUCAACAAGAACGUGGCUAAUGUAGACGACCUCAGACGUGAAGUGUACCACCUCCAGCGUGAGCUGCUGAGGGAGCGUACCCGCUGUAAGGCCUUGGAAGAGGAACUGGAGAACCCAAUGAACAUCCAUCGCUGGAGAAAGCUGGAGGGUUCUGAUCCUAGCACCUAUGAGAUGAUUCAGAAGAUACAGACUUUACAGAAGAGACUCAUCCAAAAGACGGAAGAGGUGGUGGAGAAAGAGCUUCUUAUUCAGGAAAAGGAGAAGUUAUAUGUGGAGCUGAAGCACAUCCUGGCCCGUCAACCAGGACCAGAGGUGGCUGAGCAGCUCCAGAUCUAUCAACAAACACUCAAAGACAAAACUAAACAGCUCAAGGGAAUGGCCUCCGAGCUGAACAUGUAUGAAUCCCAGGUACAGGAAUACAAGUAUGAGAUAGAGAGACUAGCCAAGGAACUACAAGAUGCUAAGAAGAAAUACUAUGCCCAGAAACGAAAGGAACAGCAAGCAAGAGAGAGGGACAGAGCUUUAGCACAAGCCGGAGCGCCCCCUAUCCAACCACAGAGAACAGACGGUCCGAGGUUCACAGGAGGGGGCUUCAAUUUAAAGCAGACUGGGAAAGUAGGCGCCAGCUGAAGACCUUGCUCUCAUACUAAAUCCAAUCAUAUUAUAUAUCUCUUAUGAAUAUUCUACUUACCAAACCAUUUUAUAUGUUCUAACCUGUGACUGCCUUAUAUUGCUUGGUAUUGACACUUUGCUAUUAUUCAGUGUACCAUAAUGAUAAAUAUAUGGGGGGGGGGGGGGGUAAGUAAAGAAAUUGAAGGGAACGUGUAUUGAAAUUUGUAACUUACAGAAUAAGAUAAUGGUGAUCAGCCUUGAAGCAUCAUUCUUUAAUUUCCAAAGGAUUGUAUUCAAUAGCAUGCAUGAAUCUCGAUAGGAUCACUUUCUGGUAGUUGCAACAAUAACGCGACCAUGAAUAUCUUCAAUAAUAUAAGCCAGUAUUAUUUACUGGUAACCCAAAUUGUGCUUUUUGCCUUUGUCAUUCUUCUGGAUUGAUUAUUCAGUUACAUCUACCAUCACUGUCAUUGUUUUGCUCUCUUUUUUUUGUAUUUACUGUAUAUGAACUAAUCACUUCUAUGUUCAGUUCCAUAUUCUUAUAUUGUGAAAGAUUUCUCUCACCUUUAUAAACACAAUAAGUAAUUCCCCUUAUCUGAAUACCAUAACUUUUCAACAAAAUUGGUUUUAGCAAAAUAAUUUGGCAGGGGUCUUCCUACACUUCGUCGUGUCGUUGCAGGAACGCCCUAUGCACCACACUUCCACGCACCUCACCGGUGCAGAAACGCCACACAACUAAGGGCGUUUUUGCGUGCAUGCAGGGGCGUUCCCGCACUAACACGACGACUUAUUGACUAAGCUUUGUGAUGAUGUUGAUCUGUCAAGUCAUGCAUGAGUGAGAACACACUAAAGCAAAAUUGAUACUUCAAAAGUCACUAGUGUCAUGGGGGGGGGGUUACUUUUUUGUCAUUUAUAUUGAUAUUUCAGCAUUUAGAAACAUUCCAAUGUAUCAAGCACUAUAUAAAAGUGGAAUAUCAUUAUUAUAUAAUUUCACAUUUCUGUAAACUAAGCAAGUCACUGCAAGCCGUCCAUAUCUUUGUUGUAUGCAAAUUGAAAACCUUGAUAUAUCUAUCAUCAAAUUAAAAUGAAAGUUUCGUUCAAAAUAUGAA